AUGAAGAAUUGUAUGCAGGGUGCUCGACGCUGGGUUAUUGGAUCGUUGCAGAAAAUAACAUUGUACGAUUUUUUGCCGGUAAUUCUGGCGGAUGACAAUGCGGUUCCGCCAUACGAAAAAUAUAAGCCUCAUGUACCACCGGGUAUUUCGCAUGCUUUCGCCACUGCUGCAUUUCGUUUCCCGCAUACAAUUGUACCGCCAGCGCUGCUAUUUCGGAAAAGGACCAGUGGGAAGUGUGAAUUUCGUGAUGAGGUAGGCGGCUAUCCCGCACUACGACUAUGCCAGAACUGGUGGAAUGCGCAGGAUAUUGUGCAGGAAUACUCGGUGGAUGAAAUCGUCCUUGGAAUGGCAUCGCAAAUUGCGGAAGGCGAAGAUAACGUCGUUGUGGAGGAUUUGAGAGGUAUUUACCAUUGCUCGAAUAUGGUGCUCAUUUUUUGUAACCGUCUGCACCAAAAAUAA